CAAAAGCUCGGCCAUCAAUCAAAAUACUAACACGUGUUUUCAUCAAUUUUUGAGCACCUCGUUGUUUUGUCGAAUUUCGUCAAUCUUCCUUUAAAAUUUUGAAACUUAGACCAUCUAGACCUACAAAAUGCAGAACAAUGAUGAUGUUGUAUGGAGUAUAAUCAACAAAUCAUUUUGCUCCUUUAAAGUCAGUACCAAGACGCAAAAGUUUUGCAGACACGAAUAUAACCUGACAGGACUAUGUGGACGGUACUCGUGUCCUCUGGCCAACAGCCAGUAUGCUACAAUCAGGGAAGAGAAAGGUAUCAUUUACCUGUACAUGAGAACUGCUGAAAGAACGGCGUUCCCUGGAAAGGCUUGGGAAAAAGUAAAGCUGUCAAGAAAUUUUGAAAAAGCUCUUCAACAGAUUAAUGAAAACCUCCUAUACUGGCCAAAUUAUAUCAAGCAGAAGUGCAAACAGAGGAUGCUAAAAAUAACCCAGUAUCUCAUUCGGAUGAGAAAGCUCACUUUAAGGAGAAAGAAGAAGUUAGUUCCUCUACAGAGGAAAAUUGAGCGACGAGAGACCAGAAGGGAAGAAAAAGCUCUAAUUGCAGCAAGAAUUGACACUGCCAUUGAGAAGCAACUUGUGGAGAGACUAAAGAAGGGAGUGUAUGGAGAUAUCUACAACUUCCCUCAAGUUGCUUUCGAUAAGGCUUUGGCGAGUGAGGAGGUUCAAGAUGAGAGUGAUGCUGAGAGGGAAGAGGAAUAUAACAAUGAAGAGAGGGAAGAGCAACUUGAGGAAGAUACCAGGGCUGCCUUGGAGGACUCUGAAUUUGUCGAGGCAGAGAGUGAUGAAGAUAUGGAGUCUGACGAGGAACGGGAGUUUACUGAUGAAGGUCCCGAGGAGAGCGAAGUUUCUGACAUGGAGGACAUGGCUGGUCCUUCCACAAGCAAGAGUUCCAAGAGAAAGGUAUCUGUUGAAUACGAGUAUGAAACCGAGGACCCUCAGCCACAGAAAUUGAAGGUGAAGAGCAAUAAGUGAUAGAAUGUAAUUCCAGUUGUAUCCAAAUCAUUAAAAUAAAUUCCUAAUUAUGUGCAUC